AACGCGGCAAACACAUUUAUUUCCACCUGUGCUCGCCGUUUCACUGCAAGUCUUGGAGCUGGUCUCUAAAUACGUCUAUCACAUCUCUUCGAACAUGAAUAUUCUAUUCAAUCGUACUCCGAGUAGUAAACGCUGGAUCGUUAUAAUCACUGGACUAGCUUGGACACUUUUCGCUAGAAAAGGCCAUGCUUCCCCUCUUCCUGCGAUCCCAGAACAACCAGAACUUGGUACUGCCAUUUCCAAUACCAAUUCGUCAAGUUCAGAUUACGACUACUAUUACACCAAUCACACCGACUCGCAGAUCCGGCCCCGGCACCUUCAGCUCGAUUCACGAGGGGUAGGGUUAAAGAAGGGCUUAAUCAGAGCUGCUCUCUGGUUAAAUCCAGACUGGGUAGUGCUGGGUUUUGCGUAUCUGGAACCAGAAGAAGGAGAGAUUUCGGGCGAUGGAAGUUCAGUCCAACUCGGAGCUUUGAAACUUCCUGCCAUGAAUUUGGACACGACAGAAAUCCCACGCAGUCGUGUGUAUCUUCUACCAAAGCUUGGUAUGCAAGCUCAGAAUCCCGGUAAUCACUAUUGGACUUGCCUGGUAUAUGCCUCAAAGAAGAACAUGAAAAAAGUCAAGCCUCAAAUGUCAUACAGGUUUUCCCACAACCACAUAAGCACUCAAGCAAUCACCUUUUUCAGUGACCCCAGUUUUGCUGGAAUUACCGUGAUGCAGGUGCCAUUAUCGGCAAAAACUGUCGAUGAUUGGAAAUUGGUUGCAGAAUGUUAUAAAACUCCCAACAAACUCCCAACGAAAGUAAAUCCUAGUUGGAACACGUGGAGGAAUGAAAUUGAAGGAUUGCCCAAGGGUAUGAAUCUCGUAUGAUAGAAGUACCACGAAGGUCCGUUUGCUAGUACAGGGACGUGGAUUGCAAAAAUACGCAUGAGCUUCUUGAGUCGUACUAUUGUAUUUUCCGCCGCUUGGCCGCGCUUUUUUCUUCAACACUGGUAUGUACAAAUCCGAUGUAUGAGACGAGUUUUCUUUUCUUCGGGUUCAAGAGCAGUGCAAGAGUCUCCUGCUUGUUCUUCGUUAAAGAUUACAAACGCUUACCAAUGCUUUACUUAAAGUUGGGCAGGCUCGGUUCGCCUCCGAGUUAUGUUCUCGAUACAGUAUAUCUUCG